ACGGCAGUUACCGGUCCCGCGCGGUUGGUUUGGGUUCUAUCAUUCCAUUCCAACUUCGCAAAACCAAAACCAAAACCUUUCUUUUGUUUCUUUAAUCCUUAAUAGUUAAUUGUCACCCCAAAACUCAAAUCCAUUUUCUUCUCCGCUUCGUAUAAGCUUGGUUAUGUAUUGAAAAAAAUUAUUUGAAUUGUGGAAUGGAAAUCCGGUCAUUGUUCUCAUUAACAGGGAAAUGGAGAAAGGCAAAACUAUGGCACCAGUUUUAUGCAUUGAUUCCGGUUCCCAGGGAAUCAAAUAUGCCAGGGAUUGUUACAAAUGGAGUUAUUAAUGAUCAAAAGGAUGUAAAUGAAAUUAAUGGGAUUGGGAACACUUCACCCUUGAAGGAAACCUCAACACCAAUCAAAUGCCAAAGGAGUUCCUUGAGUCCACAAAGACACCAAAGUGUUGAUCCAAAUUUACCUGCUGAUAGGGUGGUUGACACUUGCUUAAUUGAUCGGCUUGAUGAAAAUGUAAGUGACAUGCAAAAUUCUCCUCAAUCAUCCUCAAGACAAAGUUUUGGAUCCGAUGGUAAUGAGUUUAGAACUGAUUCGGACUUGCACCAUGUAGUUGGAGGACAUAUGAGAGAGGUUGAGAUAGUGAAAGAGGGGGCGAAGGAAAAGGCACAAAGGGAUUCUAGUGGUGAAACAUCUUCCACAAUGGGUAGUUCACCCAAUGAUAAGAAGUUGAAUAAGGUGAAUGAGAUUCGGUCACCAACUGCAAGUAGUUUCGUUUCAAAAAUACCAAAGUUAGCCCCUGAAACACCACCAAAAUCAAGAACAAAGGGAAAAGCCACUCCUGUAAAACCUCCUAUUGAUAGGAAGAAUGACAAUAUUUUGAGAAAACAAAAUACAGGAAUUGCCCGCGUGAAAAAAACUGAUGGUAGAAGAUCACUGUCGCAAGGUAAUAUUGAGUUUUCCAGUGAAUCAGCAUUGAAUAAUCCUGAGCUGGGACAAGCCUUACUAAACCAAGCAAGGAACAUGAUUUCAUCAGGAGAUAAUUCACAGAAAGCCCUUGAGUUAGCUCUUCAGGCAAAGAAAUUGUUUGAGAGGGCAGCUUAUGGGAAGAAACCAAGUUUGGAGUUGGUCAUGUGUUUGCAUGUUACUGCAACAAUAUAUUGCACUUUGGGCCAUUUCAAUGAAGCAAUUCCAAUUAUAGAGCGCUCAAUUGAGAUUCCUGUUAUCGAGGAAGGCCAACAACAUGCCAUUGCUAAAUUUGCCGGACACAUGCAACUAGGAGACAUCUAUGCUAUGCUAGGCCAGCUUGAGAAGUCAAUCAAGUGCUACACUGCAGGGUUGGAAGUACAAAAACAAGUUUUGGGAGAUACAGACCCAAGAGUUGGUGAAAUUUGUAGGUAUGUGGCUGAAGCUAACUUUCAAGCAUUGCAAUUUGAUGAGGCAGAGAGGUUGUGCCAAAUUGCCCUUGACAUUCAUAGAGCAAAUGGUUCACCCUCAUCUCUUGAAGAGGCAGCUGACAGGAGGCUAAUGGGCCUCAUAUGUGAAGCAAAUGGAAACUAUGAAGCAGCUUUGGAGCAUUUUGUUUUGGCCAGCAUGGCAAUGGUAGCAAAUGGCCAAGAUGUGGAAGUGGCAUCAGUUGACUGCAACAUUGGAGACACAUACUCAUCCUUGGCUAGAUAUGAUGAUGCCAUCUUUGCAUAUCAAAAAGCAUUGAAAGUUUUCAAGACCAACAAAGGUGAGAACCAUCCUGCUGUGGGACUAGUCUUUGUACGUUUGGCUGACUUGCAUUCUAGAACAUGGAAGAUAAAGGAAUCAAAAUUAUAUUGUGAGAAUGCACUUAAAAUCUAUGAGAAUCCCAUGCCUGGGGUCCCUACAGAGGAGAUUGCUAGUGGUUUUAUGAAUAUCUCAGCAAUCUAUGAGUCUAUGAAUGAUCUAGAACAGGCAAUUAAGUUACUACACAAGGCACUUGAGAUACAUGAUGAUGCACCUGGUCAGCAAAACACAAUAGCAGGAAUUGAAGCCCAGAUGGGGGUCAUGUACUACAUGUUGGAGAAGUAUAGUGAAUCUUACUAUGCUUUCAAGAACGCUGUGUCAAAGAUUCGUGCUACUGGAGAGAAGAAAACAGCUUUCUUUGGUAAUGUUCUUAAUCAAAUGGGACUUGCUUGUGUGCAGCUUCAUGCCUUAAGUGAGGCUGCAGAAUUAUUUGAAGAAGCCAGGGUCGUUUUGGAACAAGAGAAUGGACCCUAUCAUCCUGAAACACUCGGAGUAUAUGGCAAUCUUGCUGGCACGUAUGAUGCAAUUGGAAGGGUGGAUGAGGCAAUUGACAUUCUGGAAAACAUUAUUGAAAUAAGGGAGGAAAAGCUUGGGACAGCAAAUCCUGAUGUUGCUGAUGAGAAGAGAAGGUUGGACAUGUUGUUGAAGGAAACAGGAAGAGUUCGGAGGAACAGAAAAACCAAGUCACUUGAGAUCCUUUUUGAUGAUAUAUAAUGUUCGCACUAUCUAGGACGAAUGAAAACCUUCAUGCUUUACAGGAAUUCUAGAAAUGGAACAAUGAGUAUAUAUAGAACAGGUCGUCACAGUGGUAGUUUAUGUGGGUGAAAUCAAAUGGAAUGAUUCAAGAGUUCAAUAAUUUAUGCUAAAUAAUUUUCCAAGGUUAUUAUUUGUAGAUACAAUGUAAUUAUUCACCGUGUUUGGAUAUGCACUUGAUUUUUUGUGUACAACAUAAAUUUCUUUGUUUGAUUUUACCAUUAAGUUGAGCGGUAACAAAUAGCAGAGGGUUGGAACUUGGAAGGAAAAAA